AUGGCAGAACUUCAGGUCCGAGCCACAACCAUGUCCGGGCGCCAGGUGGAUUUGCUGCUUGGUGCUGAGGAACCCAUAGCGCUGCUGAGGCAAAAGGUGGGUGAAGCUCUGGGCAUUCGAAAGUGGCAGUUGCGGCUGAUUCAUGGUGGCAUGGUUGUCAACAAUGGAGGUUUGAUCAAGGAGUUGGUUGGAGCAGAGGCCGAAACGGUGGAACUCAUUGCGCUGGCGGUUGAAGCCACUGACGUGAAAGAGCGCAGCAAGAAACUGUGGUCGGUUUUCAAAAGCCAAACUUUUCCUGGUUUCAGCAAAAUCAACCGUGAUGACAAGCAUGCCGUUCUGAAUGGAGAGGUGGACUUCGACUAUGAUGGCGACAACAUGUUGGAAUUGUUGCUCAAGAAUCCGUGUUCUUUUGUCAUUGAAAUAUUCAUGGAUUCGCUGCUUGCAGGUGGUGCUUGCGUUAACAGCCCCUCCAAUGAUGGCUACACUCCCCUGCUCACUGCCUGUAGGCGUGGUCUGAGCAAGCAGAUAAAACACUUGCUACAGCUCGGAGCAAACCCACAACAACAAUUGCCCAACGGGGACGAUGCUCUCGUCUCGGCCUUGAACUUUUUCCACGCUUGCUCCAAAGUGAAUGACGUGAAUGCUCGUCCACUUCAGGAAGACUUAGAUCUUGGCCGGACCUGUUGCAUAUUUCGAGAUACCAACAUCCAAAGUGCUACAGGCCUUCUUCCCUUGGAAGAAGCACGACUGAAGUUGUCGCAGGCGGCGAUCGAGCUGGCAUUGUUGGCGCGUGCAGGUGCGUCCUUGUGUCAGAAGAGGAUCUUGGAGAAGUCCGGGAUGGAUCCAGCCUUGACUGAAGCUUUUGGAGGGGAUCUUUGGGCAGGUUGGCCAACAGCCUUUUUCACCUUCUCCCGGCAGAUUCCAAAGGUUGGUCAUGCCUGGGACAAGGACUUCUUGGCAGCAAGACGCCAAAUUCUUCGCUACGAUCAAAGAUGCUUUGAUGAAGAGAGGGUCUACACACAAGACUGCUGGUGUCCAUUGUGCUGCCCAUCCCUCAAUGAUUCUCCACUUGAGACAGAUUCAUUUGUGACCUGCUAUCAGCUGCGCAAAGGCCAAAACAAGAAAUGGGAGGCUUCCAAAGGCAAUGUGCGCCGCAGCAGACUCGCAAGAUUCGCGUCAUCUUCUGGCGGCGUGUCUCGAUCUUCAAGGAUGGCUCGCAAAUUGCCGCCGUCAUACCGUGGUUUUCAGGUUAAAAAUAUACUUCAAGGACAACAACAAUUGCCAUCAAAGCAAACCAAGCUUCAAGUCUUGAAGCAGCUGGCAUUUGAUUGUUAUGGACUAGAUAGAUUGUGCAGGUAUAGGUAA